GGAUCGGUAAACGUCAUCCAGCUGUAUGAGCUGUUUUAAAAAUACUGGCGGCCAUUGAUGAUCGAUUGGACUGUUUUCUUUACUAUCAGAUGAAACAUGGAGAAGCCUAGACAUCGGUGCAGCGUGUGCCACAAGACUUUCACUGAAAAGUCCAACCUGACGAGGCAUCUGAAGAUCCAUGCCGUCGCCAGGGAGACCUUUGACUAUGAUGUCUGCAGGAAGAGCUUGACCACCAAAUCAUCGCUGGUCAGCCAUCAACAGCAACACCAGUACCCCAACAUCGUUAUGUACCGGCAAGGAGAAGCCAGGCUGCAGUGUACAGAGGCAGCAAAGUCUGUGGCAGAGGCCCCCAGCACCGUUGAUGACCCUACAUGGCUGGAUCCCAAGAUACCUCCUCCUCAAGAUGCUGAAGAACCGAGCGCCGGCCAAUCAGCUCACCUCCCCCAGCAAGGUCACGGCUUCUUUGAAGGGACAGUAUAAGAGGAUUGCAGACCGAGUUCAAGAUGACCCCAUCCUCGGCGGUCUCGCCAUUCCACUGCUCAACUUGAACGCCAAGUCCAUCUCGACCUUCGCUGCCAGGGAGGAGAAAAAGGCCAACUACGGGGCGACGGUACUGCCGAAGGUGACGCCUCACCUGAAAGUGCUGUCGGACGCACCGUUCCCGGAAGCUCCUGCGCUACCAACAUCCCUCCCACCGCCAGACCGGCCUCAGGUCCAGUACCAGCACGUUCAUCAUGAGGCUGGAAAAAGGCGUGGUGAGAAGCGGGGAUUAUUUGUUGAAGAGCCAGAGCCUGUGCCUCCUGUGAACUGGCCCGUUCAGCCCAUGGUGUCGUCCUCCUCCACUCGGCCAAGGGAGGAUUCCUCUGAUCUAACUGGUGUUCCGGCGGAGUUCCUUGAUCUUCGGGCAGUCUUCAGUAAGGCCCGGGCUACCUCGCAACCUCCGCAUCGCCCCUACAACUGUGCCAUUGAUCUUCUCCCGGGCUCUUCUCCGCCUAAGCGUCAUUUAUAUUCCCUUUCAGGUCAUGGACAACUCGGGUCUUCACCAAUAGACCUGUGCAACGCCUACCACUUGGUGCGCAUUCGGGAGGGGGAUGAGUGGAAGACAGCGUUUAACACCCCUUCGGGACACUACGAUUACUUGGUUCUUCCGUAA